GUGUCAUGCCUGUUUGCCUGCUUGUGUGCCUUCUCUCUCUCUUCCUAUCUCUCUCCUCCACCGUGGUUACUGCAGUAGUCCAGCAGCCAGUUGGGAGCUUCUCAGCCACACAGAGAGCUAACUGCCACAACUUGCUACCUCACCUCAUACCUACAGCCCUCAGCCCUGAGCUCAGCCCUGGGGAUCAAAUAGUAGACAACCAGGACAGACAGAGGGAUACGGCAGGAGACACACACCUCGGGGGAGAGAGCACCAGGCCAGGAACCCUCCAUACCUGGAGGGAUACCAGCUACAGAUAGAUACCCUGCACAGCCACCAUCGCAUCCACACAGCAGGAGUGUUCUCUCUCUCUCUCUCUCUCUCUCUCUCUCUCUCUCUCUCUCUCUCUCUCUCUCAAGCGUAGCUCCGGCAGCACUGCGCUCCCCUCAACCUCCUCCUCCUCCCCCCUCUCUAACCAGCACCACCAUCUCUCCACCUCCCCCCACCCCCUCAGGAGGAAUCGCUGGAUUAUUGCUAACUAUGCUGCACGCGGCAGACUGCUGCUGCUAUAGACACAGCCAGGCAAACCAACGCAGGAUGAGGACCAGAAGAGAAGAGAGAAAAAGAGAGUAGAGGGGGAUGACUGCUUCGGGAGUCCUUUAGCUUUUCCCUCUCUCUCUUUCUCCAUCCGUCAGAGCGGGGCUAAUCAGACACCAGCUAGCCGUCGGCAAAGUCACAGAGACGGGCUCUCCGCCGACACACACACACACACAGCAACCCAUGAACACGCUCACAUGCAUGAGUACCUGCCAGAACGGGGGAUAUUCUGUCGUUUUUUUCCUUCUGCUCGGUGUGUCUGGCUUUUACUGUGUGAUGGAGUAGUUUGAUUCGUCAACAGAGGGGGCCGUGUGUCUGCGGCUGCAGGCAGGGAGAGGGGGAGAGGAGGGGGGCUGGGGGACGCCAGGCACCUGCUUAGCUUAACCCACAAGGCCUGUCCUUUCCCACCGAGCCUCUAGUCUCUACACGCUGCUCCGCUCCGCUCUGCUCCACUCUCACCACUGGCUAACAGGAGACAUCUUGUUCCAUUGGUUAACACAGGGACAUUACCACCACUUUCCAGAGGAAGGAGAAUAACUUAAAUUAAAUAUAUUUUUCACUUUUCUGUUUUUCCAUGGAAGUGAACUAUACAUGACUGUGGUUUGUGAUUGGUUUUCAUAGUAUUCAGAAAGGAAGAAGAAACGGACCGUUUCAGAACUAAUGAGCGUCUCCCAGUCCUGUCUAUGGCGUGGCGAAACAUGUCCUUGUUCCAGCCAGGGUAGGAGGGUGGUGCGUCCUCCUCUAGCGUCCGUCUCCCCCCACCAUGCUGAAUAAUGAGUCCUCCGAACCAUGAGUCCUGUGGGCCGGGUUUCUCUGCAGCCCACCUGGAACGCAGCCCUGCUCGCCCUGCUCGCCCUGCUAGCCCUCACCAUGGUGCCAGCUCUCAGUGUGUGCCAGCCUGCCGGCCUGGGUGCUCCCUCUAACCCCCAGAACUGCCCGGCUGUGUGCUCAUGCACCAACCAGCUCGCUAAGGUGGUGUGUACGCGCCGUGGCCUGGUCAGGGUGCCCCCCGGGAUCCCCACCAACACCAGGUACCUCAACCUGAUGGAGAACAGCAUCGAGACCAUUCAGGCUGACACCUUCAGACACCUACACCAUCUUGAGGUGCUGCAGCUGGGCAGGAACGCCAUCAGGCAGAUCGAAGUGGGGGCCUUCAAUGGCCUAACCAGCCUCAACACCCUGGAGCUGUUUGACAACAGACUGACGGGGAUCCCCAGCGGGGCCUUUGAGUACCUGUCCAAGCUGAGGGAGCUGUGGCUGAGGAACAACCCUAUCGAGAGCAUCCCAUCCUACGCUUUCAACAGGGUGCCCUCGCUGAUGAGGCUGGACCUGGGCGAGCUCAGGAGGCUGGAUUACAUCUCUGACGGGGCCUUCGAGGGCCUGCAGAACCUCAAGUACCUGAACCUUGGGAUGUGUAACCUCAUGGAGAUGCCUGUCCUGUCUCCCCUGACAGGCCUGGAGGAGCUGGAGAUGUCUGAGAACACUUUCCCUGAGAUGAAGCCUGGCUCGUUCCGUGGCCUGCACUCCCUACAGAAACUCUGGAUUAUGAACUCUGGGAUCACCGUGAUUGAGAGGAACGCUUUUGAUGACAUCACAGCGCUGGUGGAGCUGAAUCUAGCCCAUAAUAACCUGUCGUCUCUCCCCCACGACCUCUUUGCCCCGCUGCAGUACCUGGUGGAGCUCCAUCUCCACCACAACCCCUGGAGGUGUGACUGUGAUGUGGUCUGGCUGUCCUGGUGGCUCAGGGAGUACAUCCCCACUAACUCCACCUGCUGCGGCCGCUGCCACUCCCCUGCCCACAUGAGAGGACGAUACCUGGUGGAGGUGGACCAGACCACAUUCCAGUGCUCUGCUCCCUUCAUCCUGGACGCUCCCAGGGACCUCAACAUCUCUGCAGAAAGAGUGGCUGAGCUCAAGUGUCGUACAGCCUCCAUGUCAUCGGUCCGAUGGCUGCUUCCUAAUGGGACUGUUCUGACCCACGGCUCGGCUCAUCCUCGGAUCUCUGUCCUUAACGACGGAACGCUCAACUUCUCCAACGUUCUGCCAUCGGACACGGGUGUCUACAUCUGCAUGGUGACUAACAUGGCCGGUAACUCAAACGCCUCGGCCUACCUGAAUGUCAGCAAUGCCGAACUCAACACCUCCAACCUGUCCUAUUUCACUACACUGACUGUGGAGGUGCUGGAGCCCACCGUAGAGGAGAUCCCCAAACCCAAACCCACCAUCCCAGCCUCGCCCUCCGUGUUCCAGCCCGUCUUCAUCUCCACGCCCACCGUGUUGCUCCAGAACACCCAGACUCCCCACCAGGUAUCACUCCCCACGGCCCAUGGCCCCAUCCAUCCCCCCCCCAGUCUGGACGAGGUCAUGAAGACAACCAAGAUCAUCAUUGGCUGCUUCGUAGCAGUGACGCUCCUGGCCGCGGCCAUGUUGAUCGCCUUCUACAAGCUGCGUAAGCGGCACCAGCAGCGGAGCACGGUGGCGGCGGCGCGGACCAUCGAGAUCAUCCAGAUGGACGAGGAAGUUCCCCAAGUUCCACCGGCAAGGUCAGGUUCUAGCGGGUCUGAGGAAACAGGGCUGACUCUGCCCAUGUUACUGGAACACAACAGCACCGUCUUCAAUAAGGAAUACAUCUCGUCGUCCUCAUCGUCCUCCCAUAGAGACAGGGACAGAGACAGAGACAGAGACAGAGACAGAGACAGAGACAGAGACAGGGACAGGGAUAGGGACAGAGCUGCCUACGGGGCUCACUGGACCCAUAAUAACCUGGGAAACUCCCUGCACCGCUCCUCCAGCCGCCAGCAUUAUCAGCAGCACCACAGCCUCAUCAGCACCAUCGCAGAGCCCUACAUCAUUAAGACCACUCACACCAAGGAGAAGGUCCAGGAGACCCAGAUCUAAGGGACUCAUGCUGGCCUUACUGUGGAUCUAGCUGUGUGGAUCUAACUCAGUGGAUUUCUAUAUGGAUCUGACUCUACCCCCUCCUCUCCUCCUCUUCUCUCUGCUCACCAGUCCAUGCAAUAGAAUGCACAAAGAAGACAGUAACUUUAUUUUGUACAGAGUGCAAAAUGGAGACAGUUUUUUCUCUCUUGUACAUGCUUAUACAUAAAUAUAGAAAUAUAAAAAAUAUAAAAUAAUUCUACUAUGAGGACGGUGGUGGGAGAUUAUAUUUAAAAAAAUAAAGUACAAUUUAAACUAUUUUCUAUUAACUCAUAACUUCUAUUUAAAAGUGGGAGAUGUUGAGAUGCUGUGGGGGUAGCCUAUAUGAUGAUUGAUUGAGUGAGCUGUCUUGAGGAAGACCGUUCUGUUUGUUAUUUUGACCACUUAGAAUGCAGUUCUACUCACACCAGUUUAUAGAACAACAAGCCCUAACAUCAGAUCAGUCUUCACAGGUUAAGCUUGUAAAAGCACUAAUUCGUACUGUGCCAAACGUUGCAAUAAAGGAUUGGAAGAUUAAGAAAACCAACAGCCACAACCAAGAAAAAUCUAGACAGAGAGUCAUUUGUCGAGGGAGAGCUGUAGAGAGAAGAGCGUAGAUUUUGCUGUUCAGUCGCUAUCAGCCAAAUGCUUUCAGACUGCAGUGGAUUUCUGCAGCUAAGGUUUAACCCUUUGUUUAUCGGAGCUAAGCUACAUGUCUUUCUAAAAGCAGCUCUUCUUUAUGUUACUAAAUCUAAACCAGUUUAGUACGAUUGCAUUUGAUUUAUCCCAGGUCCCCUUGGCUAAGAUGAAGUACAGGCUAUUAUGAACAGUGAUUUGGUGUGAUUACUUCAUGCAGAUUUAGGUUGCAUAAUGCAUUAUGUUUGAUAGUUUUUUUCCUUUCCUUGGGUUGUGACAUGCUUCUUAAUAGCAUGUGUAGUGUUUUGGGUUAAUGUAGUGAUGAAUUAAAGCAGUUAUUUGCCUGCUCUCUGUAAGGGCUCUUCUAUUGGUAAUCCCUCACAGAUACAGACAUGUGGUGCAGAAGGACUGGGGUUUGCUGACCGAUCUGCUUUUGGAAGGAAAAAAGGAGUGGGGUUGAAAUGAAAUGAAUGUCUGGACAUUGGGCUUGUUUCUCCGUGGACGUAAUUGAAACAGUGAAAUCGUUUUUUAUUUUCCUUAUUUUAGUUAUUAUUUUGUAGCAACACUAUUUUUAUGGCGAGUCUAUAAGGAGGCAAACAAAAUAAAACCUUUGGUUUGUAUUUCUCUA